UCACUUUUCAGGAUUCUCUCUACUCUCAUAGUUGGUUUGAUAUAAAGUCCUUUUGUCUUUUUUUCACUUUCACUUUCCAGGAUUCUCUCUAUCCUCAUAGUCUCUCUUUACAAACACAAAUUUAUUCUCCUUCUAACAGAAACUAAACGGCAAGAACCAAUAAUAAUAGAGAAAGAUCCAGUAUCGGUGAAGCAUUUUGGUUAAACAAGAUGUCAAAGACCUGCUGAUCUACUCCAUAAACGUGGUCCUUUUCCCCCAAAAUCAAAACCCUAAUUUAUUCGCACAGCCCAACUACACCCUUGAUCUCUGAGAUUUGUUGAAUUUUAAUUGCCCUUCACCCCGAGUCUGGCAUUACAUAUGGAUCUUGCAGACACCGCUUCAUCCUCCUCAAUCAUGGCAUCAUCUUUAUCACCCUUCUCCAACGCAGUUCCUGCACCUACAUUUUCUGUUCAAAUGGCACAGGAUCUUGAAUCCUUCUCAAUGGUAAGGGCCACGGAAAUUUUGGUCUCUAUGGAUGAUCUUAAUGAUGAAACCAAGUUCCAGGCCCUUAAAAAAUUAGAAAAGCUCGAAUGGAGGCAAGUUUUAAUCACCUUGAAUCCGGAAUUACAACGGGGCUGGAUCGAGUAUCUGACCGUUCCUGCACAAGUUCCUGAUCCCUUCUCGAUGGUGAAGGCCACGGAAAUUUUGGUCUCUAUGUCUGAUAACGAUGAUACCAUGUUCAAGGCCCUUGAAAAAUUAGAAAAGCCCGAAUGGAGGGAAGUUUUGAUCACCUUGAAUCCGGAAACACGACGGGGCUGGAUCGAGCAUCUGGCUAGUUUACCCUAGGUAGUUGGUGAAGGAAGUGGAGGAAGUGAAGCGAAAGAUUUGUGGUGUUUCAGAUAAAGUAGUUAAUGUUUAUUUAAUUUUUGGUUUGUUCCAAUAUUAGUCAAUGAAUAAGUUAAUGUACAGAGAUUAAGGCUAAAUAAUAUAUUCCUUCAAAUAUCCAGGUAAUUGGAAAAAUCAAUGUUAUUA